GCUGAAAAUGGCGUUAUGUCAGCAGCUAAUGGACAGCUAGCUAAAAGAGGAAUGGCCGCCAUAACGGACCGAAGCUAACGUUAGCUAAACGGUUUAUUGAUCCUCCUUCACUGAACUGGAUGUGUCUGGAGAUGGAGGGCUUCAGAGUUGAUCCGGAGAUGGGAAAUGUUAGUGAAACAGAGCAGGCUGUGGUCCCCCGGGCGAGCAGGGACCACGCUGUGACCGGUGACCUCAGAGUGCUACACAACCUGCGGGCCUUUGAGGAGACCAGCCGGGUGACCUCCCCCUUUGACGGGGUGCAGACAGAAGUCCAGCCGUACAUGAGAAGGAUACUAGCUGUGUGGAUGUUUCAGGUGUGUGAGGAGCAGAAAUGCGAGGAGGAGGUGUUUCCGCAGGCGAUGCGUUACUUGGACUGUUACCUGAGCCGUUUUGCAGUUGAGAAGACCAACCUGCAGCUGUUAGGGGCAGUUUGCAUGUUCCUGGCCUCCAAAAUGAGAGAAACGAUCCCCCUGACUGCCAGCAAGCUUUGUGUCUACACAGAAAACUCCAUUUCAGUCUCAGACAUUCUGCACUGGGAGCUGGCAGUGGUGUCAAAGUUAGAGUGGUGUCUGGCCUCCGUGGUCCCCUCUGACUUCCUGGAGCCAAUUCUUCACGCUCUCCCCUUUGUCCGACCUCCCCACCUUCAGAACAUGCGCAGGCAUGUUCACACCUACAUCGCUCUGGCUGCCAUGGAAUGCAGGUUUUCAGUCUUCCCGCCCUCCACUGUAACGUGUGCCUGCGUGAGCAUCGCCACGCAGAAGCUAAAGCUGCUGGACGCUGGCGUGUCUGCAGAUUCAGUGAUCAAGUUUUUGGCCGACCUUUUGGCCGCUGAUCAGAACGCCCUGCUCCUCUGCUAUGACCAGCUCAGGAUUGUGUUAGAGCUCAGCCUGCCCUCCAGUUUUCAGGAUAUGGUUUGCAAGCCAAAGGAACACGGAUCAGGGAGCAGUUACACCCCUGCUGACAUUCAGGAUGUUGUACUGACACCCUGCCUUGAAAAGUUUACUGCCAGGAAAUGAAACGAGAAGACCAGACAAGAUGGAAGAAAUUCAUCUACGUGGCUCUUUGAUUAAGAUUAUUUUUUUGUGCAUGCUUUGUUUAAGAGUGUCGUUUUCUGCAAUCUCGUAAGCAGUUUUAUUCCUUGAUCUACAUAAAAACCUGCUGUGACAGUGAGAAUUAAAUUGCACCCAAUCCUGCCAGCAGUGUUUGCACAUUUUAAUUGUUACUUUUUGCAAAUCUAAUACUAGUGAUGGUGGUUCUGUUAAGUUUAAACUGAAGUCUGUCUGCGGUUCGAGCUGUGCUGAAUGCAAAUGAAUCCUGUUAUACGUCAAUG